AUGUUGGCGAAGUACUUGUGUGUGCCGGCCUUUGGGCUGCUAGUCACUGCCAUCAGGGAUGAGAUAGAGCUGGAUGGCAGCCUAGAAGUAGAUGAGCAGCAGCAGCCGAAGGCGUUGGACCUCUCGCGGCUGAUCCACCAGCCGCGGAAGGCGGAGGCGUUGGGCAGCUACGACUCCCUCAGCACCGAGCAGUUAGCACAUCUCUUCGAAGACACCGAGGGCCCAGUGUGGACCGGCAUCGCGGAACAGAUGGCGAUGCACAUGCUCCAUGAGCAACGCCUGAAGGCCGGCUUCCCCAAGGGCAUUGAGAACGUGAUGCCCUCCUCUCACCUGGAGUUGAAUGCCAACCUCUCGGCGGCCGAAGAGAUCGACCGGACCGUGCGCUAUGGCAUCCUCAGUGAGCGCCAGAAGCGGAGCCUGCGCAAGCAGCACCGCCUCAUUCGCCGCGCGGUGGGGAAAGCCUUGGGCUACGACUACUGGGGAGGCGCCAUCCGGCUCGGUUAG